UAAAGAGAACGUGCGUCGUGCGUGCUGCGUGCAUCACCGCAUGUUGUGAUUAUUGUGACAAGUGUGGGCAAAGAGCAGGCGAAUCGAACUGUCUGAUAUUCUGAACAUUUUAAAGUUGGAGAGUUCGAAUUUCCAAGUAUCAGCGCACUCUUGAUAGAUUCAUCAUGUUUCUCAUGUAUUUCUUAGACGAGCAAGGCGAAAGGGUCUACACUUUCAAGACUGUAGAUCCCAAUGGAAGGCCAACCCUCUCUGCUCAUCCUGCCCGCUUCUCUCCUGAGGACAAGUAUUCCCGACAGAGGAUAACUAUUAAGAGAAGAUUCGGCCUUCUACCAACUCAACAACCUCCCCCUGUUUAUUAGAUAAUGAAUGCUCAAUAUAUAUAUUUUUUUGUUAUUAUGUAAGCAAUUCAAGUACUCAAUGAAAAUUAUUUUGUCAACUUUACUUUGAUUUGUAUAAGUGUCAAGCAACACCAUUAAAUAUGUAAAAUAUA